UGUGUGUCCCCGCAGGUGGUGGAGAGCUGCGUGGCGGCCGCAGGGUACAGCGUGGGGGAAUUCGCGGCGCUCGUCUUCGCUGGAGCCCUGAGCUUUGCCGAAGCGCUGUACGCGGUGAAGGUGAGAGCCGAAGCGAUGCAAAAGGCCUCGGAAGCUGUGCCCAGCGGAAUGCUGUCGGUCAUCGGGCGGCGAGAGGCAAAUUACAAAUUCGCGUGCUUGGAAGCUCGUAAACACUGCGAAUCGCUGGGCAUAGAGAACCCUGUGUGCACGGUGUCAAACUACUUGUUUCCAGACAGCAGAGUCAUUGCAGGACACUUACAGGCCUUGGAGUUUCUGCAGGAGAAUGCCCGGAAAUACUAUUUUACACGUACAAAAAUGCUUCCAGUCAGUGGGGCCUUUCACACCAGACUAAUGGAACCAGCAGUGGAGCCACUGGCUGAAGUCCUAAAAUCCAUUGAGAUCCAGAAACCACUGCUCUGUGUGUAUUCCAAUGUUGAUGGCAAAAAGUAUAUGCACUCGAAGCACAUUCGGAAGCUGUUAGUGAAACAGGUGGUUUCACCUGUUUUGUGGGAACAGACCAUGCACUCAGUGUAUGAGAGAAAGCAAGGAGUGGAAUUCCCUUACACGUACGAGGUGGGGCCUGGAAACCAACUAGGAGCCAUUCUCAAAAAAUGUAAUUUAAAGGCCUGGAAGCAAUAUAAACACGUAGAUGCUCUGGAAGAUGAGGAAGAAGCAGAGACUUAA